UCAAGAGGGCGGCCAUGUUGGAUUCUAGUAGGAACAGUUAAAGAAUUAAAGGUCAAAAAUUAUUGAAAAAUGCUUCGAAUUUGUGGACCAAAAUUAUCUAAUUGCUGCUUUAUCUUAAGCUUAUGGGGUGUUAUAAUGUUGGUUCUUCUAGGAAUAUUCUUUCAAACAAGAAGCGUUGCUCUACUAGAAGAUAUAUCGAAGGAUUCAAAAGAAGAAGCGGCCUUCUCAAGCUCCGCAAAAAAUUGUUUCAUAGGAGCUGGAAUUUAUGGAGUUACUCUAAUAAUAUCUAUACAUCAGAAAUGGCUUAAUGCUAGAACAGGAGAUACACAGAAAUUGGUUGUGGCCUAGCACAAGUCCAAAUCAAAGAAUCAAGAAUCAUAAUUACAUACCUAUAGCGAGCUACAUCUUUCAUCAUUAUGAUGAUACUCUGAAUUAUAUUAAUAUUAAUAAUUUGAAUUUUCAUUCAUUUGUUUUCCCAGUGCAUGAAUAAUACUUAGUAGCCCAUAGGGUAUUGUACAGUUUAUGUUUUAAUAAGUAAACAUGGAGGGCACAGUUUCUGAAUUCUGAUUGGCUAAAUCCCGAAAUGUGCAUAUAGAUGCUCGCACCACUGCUAGACAUGUUUUUGAUCAGAAAUUAUGCCUUCUCUUGGUAGUCGUGUUCAGUUGAAAUUUGGGAGAAGGUGUGUGAAUUUGUGGGGCAGAGGGGUUGCAAUUUUGAUAGCCUUAACAAGAGUAGCUUAGAAUCUAGACAGUCUCUCAGAAAAUUCAAAAUGUUUAACCUCUUUCAGCCUCAAGAGCAUGCAAACCCCUGUUGAACUAUUGAUCCACCUUUACUUAAUUUGUAGACACAGAAACAAAUGAAUCCUCUUGAAACAGAGCUUUCAUUUCACUUCAAUUAAAAUAUAUACAAUAAUAGCAGCCAGUGUCUAUGACCAUUUACGAUGGCAAGCUGUUGUAAAAGCCCAGACAGAUUGGAUACAAAUAUUGUAUAUAUGUCUAUUUCAUGUUCUACAAUUUUUUUAAAGAUUGAAGUGAGUUUGACUUAGAAAAUAUAGGUUUAGAAUAAAUGAAGAUGAUUCCAGUUUACAGAAUUCUCCUGGGUGACAGAUUUAUAUUGUUUUUCCUUAAUACUUUUUUCAUAAUUUGUAAAGAUUAUAAUUAUUCAGCGUAAAUUAAGUUGCAAUAAUGAUUUGAAUAGUGUUGAAUAUCGAUCAACAUUAAUGAAAUUAAAACUGACGCACAUUAUCAUAUUAAUUUCACAACAAUUAAUUAAAAUAUAGGUUUACAUUGUUUGACCAAAACAAUAGAGUGCUUUUAGUCUCACUGUUGAAUAGGUGACGUCAACUAAAUUAGAUAAGUUAUUUACUAUUUUAGGUGACGUCACCUAAGUUUGAAGCUACAAGUAAACAGCUACUGAGAUCAGGGGGAGA